UGCAACAAGAAGAUUGAUCAAGUCUGUGGUAGUGACGGCGUCACCUACAAUAACGAGUGUCUCCUCAGACGCAAAGCAGACGCCUUGCAAAAAGACGACACCGAAGGCAAUGCCACCAAGCGGCUCGUGGUGUCCUACCCAGGACCUUGUUUGGAGGACGUCGAAGACUCCAAUGCGUGCGAGGACGCCUGUGUCUUGCUCCACCAACCCGUCUGCGGCAGCGACGGAAAGACGUACUCCAACGAAUGCAGGCUGAGUGUCGCCAACUGCGAGCGGAAGUCGAAAGUGCUCGUCACGAUAAAACAUGACGGGGAGUGUUGAAAAGGUCAAGGCCUCAUAGAAAUACACGAAAACACAAUGACAAUGACGCAGUUGAGUGGGAAUGUGUGGUUGUAGGAUGUGGGGUUGAAUGAUGUGGAGUGAGAAGGGCUUCUAGGAAC